CGAGAACCUGAGCAUCUCUCGGUGGCCUCGGCUUUUCUCCGGCAUUCAUUGGCCGUAAGGUUUCGGGCGGGGUGCUGGUGUGCCAAGAGUCGCGGAAACAUUUCUCCGAGCAUAGCAUGCCGUGUUGCUGGUUGUUGGCUCGAGAGCGGGUUUGGCAGUUGCUCGGCAGCCACGGCGAUUCGAAGAUUCGAAGCGAAGAUCAUCGCGAAGGAGGCCACGCGACGUUCGGUGGUCGGUCGGUCGGUCGGUCGGUCGGUCGUCCGGUGAUGACGUUGUCGUGAAUCGAAAUUCAAAUUAUCACAAACCGUGAGUGUGUGUGCUGUGUGCCGUGUGUUCUCUCGUUCCGCGUUGGCACGACUGUCAACCAAUUGUUUCGUAAUUGUGUGUUUCAAGUGGCGGCUUGGGACGAGAGGGUGUUUGCAAGAGAAGAAGCGCAAAGGGGCUAGCCGGGUGGACAAUCAAAUGGACUCGCAUGGACUCGCGGUGUGUGUCAGUGACGUUGUUGGUCGUGCAUAAUAGCGACAGUGCGUUGUUUGUGCCUCAAACAAUCCUCAGCAUCGCUAUCGGCAUUCGUCGUCAUCACCAUCAUCGCACAACAACAGAACGACAACAGAAAAGCGUCAUCGUCGUUCUCUCGCAGCCAUAUUCAAGUCAAUAUUUGAGCAAACCAACGGAUCGUGUACCACGGAGUGUGCUUGGAUUGUAAAGUGGUGGCGUGAAGUGGAGUGCAGUGCAGCAGCAGUGUCUUCCCCUCGAAAGCCGCCCAGCUAGGCUAAUUACAGCAGCAAUCCCCGCGAGAACGCACCAGCCUCUAGCGACAUAUCGCAGUUGGCUCUGUUGGGUUGGCAAAUACCAAAGAGCUCGACGCGGUGAGGAAGGGGUGCAGCAUCGCGGGACACCAUUCCACCCGGUGGGGUGGCAAAACUUGUUCCAGCAUCAGCACCAACCCGUAUCCCGCACAAACGAUCUCGGUCACACGGUACACUUCCGCCGUCGAUUAAGCAGAUGAUUGGGCUUUUGGAGGCGAAAAGACCGGUGCGUCCGGGAAGAGUAGCACCAGCAGCAGCAGCGAAGGCGGUGGAAACUCUGAAUUAAAUCAAAUCCAACUGUCUCCCUUUCUUUCUGGCACAACGCAGCACCGUGUGCCGUUGGCGUGUGGCCAAAACUAAAGCCCCCUUGGGCCUUGGGAGAGGAGCACGGCUCAUCCCGGGGCAGUGGACGGGGCAGUGGACCCCUUUCGCUCGCGGUAACGGUAAAGCGGCGCUGGCACAAAACUGGAACAAACAGCACGCGUUGCUGGAGCCCAGCAUAACCGUAACCGAAGCGUGUACGAAGCGAUUCCCCGCAGUCCGGGUCUUUGCUACCUUGAGAAACUACCUUUCUCUCUGGUAUGCCGCCGAAGCGGGCCCCUGGAUACCCUUCUUCUACUUCUUCUUUGUGUUUUCCUGCGAACCACUGCCACUGAUCCGGCUAUGUGUGACAAAGUGAGCAUUGCGGCUACGUGGGACCGGAAAUAAUUGUUUUGCCAAAAGUUUGCCGAACGAGAAAGCCACUCUGCAGCAGCAGCGACGAGUAGCAACCAGGCAACGCCUCCUACUGUCGCGCCAUUCGCAUAAACUUUAAGCAAUCCCCAGCGUCAAAAAAGGCACGUAGUUGGCGACCGCUAAAGACGGCGAACCGGUCACGUUGCCUGGAAGGCCAAACAGGAAAAGAGAAGGAAAAAGAUAUCGGUAUAAGGUUCGUCCGGAGGUGCGACAUGGGCGAUGGAAACCCAUGUUUGGACCGUACAGAGUGAUGUCAUUCGAUGUGUGAAUUAGCAGCAGCAGCACCGCGACAACGCAUCAACGAAACAUCGGUGGAUUUGCGAAAGAGUGCUAUCUACUGCGGCCUCCCCGUUUCUAAUCACACUCGUUACGCAUCUAUCCAUCAUAGUAAUCGAGUUCAGAGCGUCCUAAUCAAACGACGAUAGUGUGCCGCAGGUCCAGGAAAGGCUGGUGUGAUUUGGGAUCGACGUCACGAUGAGUAAUGAAACGGAACAAACCACCGCCGGUGACGGUACCGGGGGUGGAGCCGGUGGUGGUGAUACAGAAAAUUUAAAAUUAUCAACCCAAAGCACCACCGAUAAUAAUGGAUCGGGUGGUGGUGUCACGGGACAGCAGCAGCAGCAGCAGCAGCACUAUCAUCAGCGACAGCACCAUCAUCAUCAUCAUCUGCAGCAACAUCACCAUCACACGAUCAUGUCGACCAGUGUGGAGGAGGAAGAGAUCGAGGAGCACGAGAUCGUGGAGGAAAGCAGAAGCGAGGAGGUAACGGCACUCAAGCCAGCAGGUCCGCAGCAACCACCACCGCAACGUGCACCGCCACAGACGUACAAAAAUGUGCACGAAUAUUCGGAGGAAAUGCUAGAAACAGAGAAAGCCGGUCUGGUGGAGCGCGUGUACGACCUUGAGCGGCAGGUACUCGAGCAUAAGGAUGAGAUCGUGUGCCUCAAAUCGACCCUCGCGGACGUACUCCGUCGGCUGGCCACCAUAGAUAACAGCUACGAGAAUAGCCACAACAGUACCAACAGCAACAACAACAACCACCACCACCACAGCAGCAGCACCAUUUCGGGCCGAGCGGGCAUCAUGUCGUCAUCGGCCCACGCUGAUAACGGUGGAAUGGUAGCAGGGCAGAAUAGUUUAUCCAGCAAAAGCUUCCGCUUCUCCCGCAACACCCUCACGAGGCUGAACUCGAGUGUCGAGGAGAAGCGUUUCGGUAGCCGGGUACCCGGUUCCCGGGUAACCAGCUCACCGUCACGGAUGACCGCCAGCGCUACGGCCACCGGUAAGACGAGUACACUCGCCCAGAAAGCUAUCCACUACUCGAACGGAUCGCUACACUCGGACUCGAUGAGUAGCCAUUCGAUCUCUCCCGCACCGUCACCAUCACCGCGACAACCGUCGACCGCUGUUGGCUCCGCCGCCCAACAUGCGUUACUGGCGGGUGCCACUGGGAUGGGUAAACGGUGGUCAUCGACCGGGGACUUCGUCAGCACAACACCGGGCAGUCCGAGCGGUAGCAGUGCAAGCAGCAUGUCCCGGUUUUCGGCCAAAUCGUUGCUCAAUCUCAGUGGCAACUCGGCGGCGCAUCGACAGGGACAAUCGCAUCCGUACGUGCAGCGCAAAAACGAGGACGACGAGUAUGUGAAGCUGUACAUCAGUGGACGGCCGAUCGUGAUACACAUUCCCGAGGCGCAGCUACCGACGUACGAUCUGACCAAGGUACAGCCGGCCCCAAACCGCCGAUUACGGCUCGAUUGGGCGUACGGGUACCGGGGAAAGGAUUGCCGUUCGAACCUCUACCAGCUGCCGACCGGUGAGAUGGUGUACUUUGUGGCCGCCGUUGUCAUCCUGUACAACAUGGACGAGCACACGCAGCGGCACUAUCUGGGCCAUACGGAUGAUGUGAAGAGUUUGGCCGUCCACCCGAACAAGCUGCUCGUUGCGACGGGCCAGUGUGGUGGCCACGAGGGCCGUGAAUCGUUACCACACAUCCUCAUCUGGAACUCGGUUUCACUGGCAACGCUCAACAUGAUCGGAUGUGGCGAGUUUACGGGGGCUAUUAACUGCCUCUCGUUUAGCCGGGCCGACAGUGGCAGCAUACUGGCGGCGAUCGAUGAUUCGCCCGAUAAAAUCAUCUCGAUCUGGGACUGGCAGAAGAAGGAAGGUGGCAAAAAGAUCACGGAAACGAAGUGUUCCGUCGAUACGGUGGUGGCGGUCGAGUUCCAUCCGCUCGACAAGGGACAGAUCAUAACGAUCGGCAAGAACCACAUCGCCUUCUGGUCGCUCGAUCAGCACGGGAUGCUGUACAAGCGGAUGGGAGUGUUUGAGAGUUUUGAGAAACCGAAGUACGUGACGGCGAUCACGUUCACGCAGACCGGCGAUGUGGUGACGGGUGAUUCGAGCGGUAAUUUGGCCGUUUGGAAGCGGGGUACGAACGUGAUCAGUCGGUUCUUGAAGAAGGUUCACGAUGGUCCGGUCUUUACGAUCUGUGGCCUGCGGAAUGGUGGAUUCGUGACGGGCGGUAAAGAUGGACUGUUGCUGCUCUUCGAUGAUGCGCUGCACCUGAAAGCGGAACAGAUCGUUGAGGCACACUUUGGGGCGGUUCGUGUGGUGGCGCAGGGUAAGGGAUCGCAGCUACUGAUCGGUACCACGCGCAACUGCAUUCUGUCCGGAGACUUUACGCUCAGUCUCGUACCGAUCGUGAUGGGCCAUACGGAUAUACUGUGGUCGCUGUCGACGCAUCCGCAGGUGGCCCAGUUUGUGACGGGUGGUAAAGAUCGGUUGCUGCAGCUUUGGGAUUCGUUGUCCCACUCGGUCGUGUGGAGUAAGGACAUCGGGGAACCAAUCUACUCCGUGCAGAUCUCCAACGCCGGCGAUGUGAUCGUGGUCGGUGGUGCUGCCGGACGGUGGUCAGUGUUCGAUAUCGUUACGCGGGAACUGCUGGCCACGUACACCGAUGGGCAGGAGGUGAUACAGUGUUUACAGUUUUCACCCGAUGGUAACCUGUUAGCGCUCGGUUCCAAAGACAAUGCCAUCUACGUCUACCAGUGUACCAAGGUGGCGCAUCGGUUUUCCAAGAUUGGCAAGUGCACGGGACAUUCCAGCUUCAUAUCACACCUCGAUUGGUCAAAGGACAGCCAAGUGCUGCGAACCAACUCUGGAGACUAUGAAGUGCUCUACUGGAAUCCAACGCUCUGCCGGCAGAUAACGAGCCAAAGCAUGGUCAAGAACCUGGAGUGGGCCACCCAGAACUGUUCAGUAUGCUUCGACACGAUCGGUAUCUGGCCGGAGAACUUUGACGGCACGGAUAUCAACAGUGUGUGCAGGGACAACGAGGAGCAGUUCCUGGUGUGUGCCGAUGAUUUCGGCAAGAUACGGCUCUUCACCUUCCCCGCCUCCCAGCCAAAGUCCCUAUCGCAUAGCUACCGAGGACACAGCAGCCACGUGACCGCCGUGAGGUUCAUGCACGACGGGUUACGGUUACUAUCGGCCGGUGGUCUCGACACAAGCGUUCUCCAGUGGAGAGUCAUGUAAUAAUACCGUCCAACCCAAGGGAUAAUUCCGCGCACGAAUACGAGCACAGAAGGAUGGAGGCGGCAUGUUCUCCAUUCUUAAACCUCUUUUCAGUCAUAAGCGGGACCCCGGGCUAGUGGCCACCGGCUACCCAGUGCGUGGGUCUCUUGCAUUAGGCCGUUAGAACAAACAGAAUAUUUUAUUUUAAUCCCGAGCACCCGCAAGAAACUAACUUAUUUGUUUUUAUCACGACCACCGGUCAUCGGUAGCGUAGCGAGCAUGUUAAGGUGGAAUAAAUUAAUACCUCCC